UGAAUAACUUAUUUUCGAUUUUCCCGCCCGUGUAAUUUCUUUUGAAUUUUAAAUUGGCAAUCCGUGAAAUGAAAUCUCCUAACCUUUGGAUUGAAGAGUAACAAUGGACGAUGCGAAGAAGAGGUGGAGCGUGACGUUCACGAAGCAUAUCAAGCAGAAGAGAAAAGUUUAUCAAGACGGCUUCUUAGAUCUUCACAUCUCAACGAACAAGGUCAAGCUGUAUGAUGAUUGCGAGAAUUUACUGGAAUGUAGAAUCUUGAAUAACGAUGAAGUUGUACAGUCGGGUGAAACACUGACGUUUAAUGCAUAUUUUGUUGAUGUUGGUGAUCCAGAAGGCGAUUGCAAACAUAUACCUGAUUUGAAUUAUCAAGGAAGAUAUAAGAAAAAAUCUCAGUCCGGUACUAGCCGAAGUCCGUCACACAAAAUUAUAAAAGAGUUUAAGAAGAGAGAGCUGCAAAAGUAUGGAACCCCAAAAAGUAAUUAUGAGAAUUCAAAACCGAGGAGUACAGAAUGGCAGGUCCUGUACACUACACAGUUAACUCAAAAGGCCAAGAAAUAUCAUGAUGGCUUCUUACAGCUUGCAACUAGUGGAUCCAUGGGGAGGCAGAUUAUCCUUUUCGAUGAAACCAGGAGACUCUUGGAUAGCAGAUUCCUUCGGAAAGAUGAAGUAAUAAGAUCCGGUGAAUCAACAGCAUUUGAUGGUCAUUUAGUCGAAAUUGGAGAGUGUGAAGAGAAUGGUGAAUCACUAAAGGAUUUGAAUGUUCAAGCAAAGAAUGGCAGCGUAGCUUGGAAGUCAGAAAUGAUGCCCAGGCAGCAGAAUUGCAUAAAAUCUAAUGGAAAAGAGUUCAAGAAGAUUGAAGGGCCUGGCUGUGGUGCACCACAGGGUAGUACAGAUUCAAAUUCUGAUAUAACAGAAUGGAAGGUCAUGUACACUACACAGGUGACUCAGAAAGCCAAGAAGUAUCAUGAUGGUUUCUUAAGACUUGCAAUUAUCGGAUCCCUACAGAGGCAGGUCAUGUUAUAUGAUGAAAGCAGAAAACUCUUAAAUAGUAGAUUCCUCAAAAAAGAUGAAAAUAUAAGUUCUGGUGAAACAAUAGCAUUUAAUGCUUAUUUAGUGGAUAUUGGGGACCCUAAAGAAGACCAUCAAUCGCAAAUGGAUUUGAUUGGUCAAGGAAACAAUGGCAACAUGGUUGGCAGAACAAUGAUAACUCAUGAACAGCAGAACUGUUUCGAAGCUGAUAAAUUUGUUAAAAAAGGAAAACUCCAAAAUGAUUCUUCAAGGGAGAAUGCAGGUUCAGCUUUUAGCAUCUCCAGUGUAGACGGAAUCAAAUGGAGCAAGAGUGUCCCUACAAACAAACCGUUACGAAAUGUUAUAUAUACAGCCAUUCAGAUUUUGACCAUUCUCCAAAGACCAAAGACUCCAGGAAGCGGUGAUGCUGGGUCGACUGGUAACAGCCUUAUGGGGCAAUCUUCGUCCACUAAAACUGUUGAAGUUUCUGAUGCUGUGAUAAGUGCUCCGGAUGAUAGUGAAUUACUGGUGCCACAAGAUGAAUCUUAUGAAAACUUGAACAAAAGUAGAUCAGAAGAAGACAUGAACAUUGGGAAUUGUCCCGAUCUUAUGUCUUCUAAAGCAACAUCUACUAGUACUAGUAGUGGCAGUCUAAUCUCCAAGGACAGUUAUGUUGGAAACAUCGACCAGGCUCCUUUAGGCGUUGAAAUCUGUGUUUCCCAUGGCCCUGGUGAUGGUGAAAGAAACAGCUUUGAAGAGCCUAAGGGUGAAAGUGAAACCAAAAUAAACGGAUUCCCAAGUUUUGACCUCGGAUUUUGAUCAAGGUCUAACACAGGCUAAGAAAGGCCUUAAAGAGGCCUUUGCUUUUCCCAGAAUUUUGUUCAAAAUCUUUGUUCAUGUUUCCUUCAGCAAAUGUAGUUAAUGAGACCGUUCUCCGAGGCUCUGAUGGAUACUGGGAAAUUAAAGAAAUUUUCUUAACAACUUAGCAAGAGUAUAUUAGUGUUACAACUGAAUUCAAUUUUGGAAAUCAAUUUAAAUCCAAAAGAGUUGUUUCAAAUCAA